AAGUCCUGCUAGUCUGCUUCUUGUUCCUGCCUGGGUACCAGCUUCCUUCUGUAGCUCGAUGGCCGAUGCCUGAGGCCAGGGAAGGCAAAGGAGUCAAUUGGCCAGAAUUUUGCAGAUCUGCAGAUAUGUUGUCCACUAUACUACACAACCACUAGAAAAGACAAGAAACUGACCGGAUCAGUACUGAAGCAAUUAUAUUCAAAGAAAAAUAAGCAGGAGAAAAAGAAGGGAAGAGAAAAAAGAAAAGAGGAAAGGAAGGAAGAGGACAGGCACAAGAUGAAACCCUGUCAAAAAAUUGAAGGAAAACCAGAAAAUGAAAGUGAACCAAAGCCUGAGGAAGAGCCAAAAUCUGAGGAAAAGCCAGAGGAGGAGGAAGAGCCAAAGGAGGAGGAAAAAACAGAAGGAACACUUAGAGAAAAGCUGAUUCAGUCUCUCCAGGAAUUUAAAGAAGAUAUACACAAUAGGCAUUUAAGCAAGGAUGAUAUGGUUAGAGAAGUAAAUGAAUUAGAUGAGAUAAGGAGAGUAAGAAACAAACUCACAGUGAUGCGUUGGAAGAUUAAUCGAAACCACCCUUACCCCUAUUUAAUGUAAGCUACCUUGAUUUUUAUUUUUUUCUAAUAUUAACAUUGCCAUAUAGCUUUCUUUGGAUUUGCAUUUUCCUGAUAAACCUUUGUUCAUUUUUCUACUUUUAAGGUGUUGCUAUAAUAGUGGUUUUUAGAUUCUUCUCUUGCUUCUACAUCUCAUUGUUUAUCAUAUUUUGAACAAAUCUUUAAGUGUCUGCAUUUUAAUAGGAGAGAGAGCUUUACUCGUUUGUACAAAAAGAGGUUCCUGACAGGAUA